ACCAAAAUAAACAAUCUCCGCUCAUCUUGUUCGCUCCAGCGCUGACUUUUAACACGCGCGGCACCGCGUCGAUUUUCUCUUAAACGCUCGCGUCGCGUCCAAAUCCCGCGCUGACCAACGGUUGUCGUUUCUUUUGCCGAUUCUCAACGGAAGGUCAGUUGUUGUUAUUGGGGCAGCAGCAGCCAGCUAGCUAAGUAGCCAGCCGCAACGUCUUUCUCGUGUCAAGCCUGCUAACAUAACACAAGCUCGGCCACCGUAGUUACCAUCCCCGAGCUACGACACGCGCCAACUCACUGACACAAUUGCACGCGUGUUAUUAACGUUCACACCACCCCGAAGCCAAUAUACUGGCCGCAAUGCUAACCCGGCGAUCCCCAUUGCCACCAGCGUUAUUACGGUGCCUUUGUUAUACCCUCUGUAUUACAGAGGUCGCCAUAACGUAAUUGUGCUUAUGACAGUCUCGUGUGACUUUACAAGAAACGUGAUGGACGUCCAGUUAAAAGCUGCGGGACAAAGAUGGGCAACCUGCGGCUCGUGGGCCUCAGAAGAGAGCUGAAAACAAAUACCACCCCAGGGGAGCUGUUAUUAAAACCCCUACAAAUAGUCACUGUGGCUCCCAUUACAUCAGGGGCCCGCCCUUGGGAGCAUCCCAAGUGUUGCCGAGGACUAGAUCCCACUCACCCAUGCGUCCUGAAUGCCUGUGGACGCUGUACUGUGCGCGCUGCACAAGUUGAAGUCGUCGCAGAGGGACAAGGUGCGGCAGUUCAUGUCCUUCACACAAGCGGGUGAGAAGACAGCUGUCUACUGCCUCACGCAGAAUGACUGGAAGCUGGAGGUGGCCACUGACAAUUACUUCCAGAACCCCGACCUCUACUGCAAGGAGUCCAUGAAGUCGUCCGUUGACCGCAAGAAGCUGGAGCAACUCUUCAACCGCUACAAAGAUCCUCAGGAUGAGAACAAGAUCGGCAUCGAGGGCAUCCAGCAGUUUUGCGACGACUUGGUGUUGGAUCCGGCCAGCAUCAGCGUUCUGGUGGUGGCGUGGAAGUUUCGUGCCGCCACCCAGUGCGAGUUCUCCAAGAAGGAGUUCCUGGAUGGCAUGACAGAGCUCGGGUGCGACAGCCCCGACAAGCUCAAGGCCCUUUUGCCAAGACUGGAGCAGGAGCUGAAAGACAACGACAAGUUCAAGGACUUCUACCAGUUUACCUUCAACUUUGCCAAAAAUCCUGGCCAGAAGGGUUUAGACUUGGAGAUGGCCGUAGCUUACUGGAAUUUGGUUCUGCUAGGAAGAUUUAAGUUCCUCGACCUUUGGAAUAGAUUUCUUUUGGAGCAUCAUAAACGCUCUAUCCCAAAAGACACUUGGAACUUGCUGUUGGACUUUGGUAACAUGAUCUCGGAUGAUUUGUCCAACUACGACGAGGAGGGGGCUUGGCCAGUGCUUAUAGACGAUUUUGUGGAAUUCGCUCGACCCAUCGUAACAGGAACAAAACGUAAAACUCUCUAAAAGACAAAGAACGGGGAAGGAGAAUAUUUCUUCAUAGGUUUUCUUUUUGAAGGAGGAGGAUUAGUUUUUUUUUUUUUUUUAAUUUAAACAAUGGUGGCCAACAGCAGCACUUGGAGGAAAGUGCAGAGGGAAGGACAUUGCCGGAAUGAUCCGUGCUCCUCCUGCCGGAUCCUCGGAAUCUUGCGAGUGCACUCCGCUCCAGGACGGACACUGACGCAGCGCCGAGACGAGCGUAAAUGGACUGGAAAAGAAAAGACAAAGGAGUGCUCAUGACACCAGCACCACAAAUUGACCGUACAUACUGUAUUUACAAAAGAGAAUUAUAUGAAGAAUAAUAUAAUUGUGAUCCUGUUUAUAAAUCAUUCUUUUAUGUACACUUCAAAGAUGUCUCAUGGAUUUGAUAUGAUCCGUCAGUGCAAUGCGUCGCCUUCAAGCUGUGAUCGGCGGCGUCUCCGUUGGUACGAGAUGUGAUCUGUCCACACAAACAAACAAAAAAAAACAACACAGAUAUGCUUUCUUUUAAAUUCCUUUCACCAAGGAAAGUUUUGUCGUAACCACUUGGAAAGCUUGCAAUAGGGAUGGGCUUUCAGAAAUGAUUAACCAUCUCUUGAAUGGAUUUAUUGAUUCACUCUAGUUUGCUGUUACAAACAUUCAAGAUGAAUCAAAUAAUUGAACCCGAGGCAUUGUCACUUGUUAGGCAGCGCCGCAGCAGUUUUGAGCUAUUCUGAAGCUACAGCGCAAAAUAAAUAAUAAACCAGCCUUACUAUUAUUA